AUGCCACGCAGGAGUAAGGAUGUAGCCAUAAAUCUGGAUGAUGUCGAAAUGGAAGUGGAAGAUGAUUCUGACAGUGAAGUAGACACCAAAAAAAAACCAAGAAGUGGCAGAAGAGCCAAUCCACCUACUCGCAGGAGCAGAGCCAGGCCAGCCGACAGCGAGGAGGAGGAUGAGGAGGAGGAAGACGAAGCUCCUCGCAGACGAAGAGGACGAAGGAGGAAAGAAAACGGCGACGACGACAGCGAGAGAGUCUCUCGCGACCGGAGGAAACCGGUCGGUCGGAGGAAGGUCGGAGGGAAAGCUCAGGGCUCCGAUCUGGAAAGCGACGAGGAGAAAGGGGGCAGGAGGAAAGGAAGAGGAGUCAGCAAGAAGGGGAAAGAAGAGGAGAACAAUAAGGAGAAGUUGGGCAAGGAAGGAAAGGAGAAGGCGGACGACAAAAAGAAGGAUGGUAGCAGCUCGUCUUCAUCCAGCGAGUCGGACGCCGAGUCCCUGUCUGAAGGCGAGAUGGCCCGGCUGAAGGAAGAGGUGGAGGAGAAGAAGAAAGUGAUCGCCACACUCCGGAACAAACCGUGGCGCAUGAAGAGAAGACUCAAGAACUUGAAGGAGGCCCAGGCUUUUGUAGAGAAGUUUGAAGGUGCUCUGGGCAAAGGAAAAGGGAAGAAGUUCUACGCCUUCAAAGUCAUGAUGACCAAGAAAUUAAUCAAGUUUAAUAGAGACUUUGAAAACCUUAAGACGGCGUGCAUCCCCUGGGAGAGGAAAAUCAAAGAAAUAGAAAGUCACUUUGGAUCUUCUGUCGCCUCCUACUUCAUCUUUCUGAGGUGGAUGUAUGGACUUAAUCUUGUUCUUUUCGGCCUCAUGUUUGGGCUUGUUGUCAUUCCUGAGGUUCUGAUGGGUCUACCGUAUGGCUCCAUUUCAAGGAAAACAGUUCCUCGAGAGGAACAUGACACUGCCAUGGACUUCUCUGUUCUAUUUGAGUUUGGUGGUUACUGCAGGUACUCUGUUCUCUUUUACGGCUACUACAACAACCAGAACACAAUAGGGUUCCUCAAGUUCCGCCUGCCCUUGUCGUACUUUCUGGUCGGAAUUGGGAUCUUUGGCUAUAGCUUGAUGGUUGUGAUCAGGACGAUGGCAAGGAAUGCCAACGAGGGAGGCGACGGGGGCGAGGAGAGUGACUUCAUCUUCUGCUGGAAACUCUUCACUAGUUGGGAUUACCUAAUAGGAAACCCGGAGACCGCCGACAACAAGUACGCCUCCAUCACGACCAGCUUCAAGGAAUCCAUCGUGGACGAGCAGGAGAAUCUAAAAGAUGAAAACAUCCAUCUCAGAAGGUUCCUGCGCGUCCUUGCUAACAUACUGAUCCUGUGCAGCUUGGGAGGCAGUGGGUAUCUCAUCUACUUUGCAGUGAAAAGGUCACAAGAUUUCGCCAAACUGGAUCGCAACAAGUUGUCCUGGUACCAGAAAAACGAGGUAGAAAUCGUAAUGUCUCUGCUGGGCUUGGUGUGUCCACCUCUGUUCGAGACGAUCGCUGAACUGGAGGACUAUCACCCUCGCAUCGCCUUGAAGUGGCAACUGGGUCGCAUCUUCGCCCUCUUCUUGGGAAACCUCUACACCUUCCUGUUUGCCCUUAUUGAUGACGUCAACGAGAAGCUGGAGAACGAGAAGCUAAUAAAGAAUGAAACCGCAUGGGCUCUGAACCAAUACUACGCCAACUACACGCUCCAUCACAACAUAACAGAGAACAUCCCACCGCCAAACAUCGCCCCUGCAGAUGUCAUCAGGGGUCCCUGCUGGGAGACCGAAGUGGGAAUUGAAUUUGUCAAGCUGACGGUGUCGGACAUUCAAGUGACCUAUCUGACCAUCUUGGUUGGAGACUUCAUGAGGGCUUUGAUUGUGCGAUUCCUCAACUACUGCUGGUGCUGGGACCUGGAGGCUGGAUUUCCCUCGUACGCAGAGUUCGACAUCAGCGGAAACGUUCUUGGCCUCAUUUUCAACCAGGGGAUGAUCUGGAUGGGUGCCUUCUACGCCCCCGGGCUGGUGGGUAUAAACAUCCUGCGCCUGGUGACCUCCAUGUACUUCCAGUGCUGGGCCGUCAUGAGCAGUAACGUCCCUCACGAGAGAGUCUUCAAAGCCUCGCGCUCCAACAACUUCUACAUGGGCAUCCUGCUGGUCGUGCUCUUCCUCAGCCUCAUGCCUGUGGUCUACACCAUGAUGACCAUGUCGCCCUCCUUCGACUGUGGGCCCUUCAGUGGGAGAGAGAAGAUGUAUGACGUGGUGAUCGAGACCAUCCAGAACCUUCCUUCAUUUAUGGCCAAGAUCUUCACCUACGCGUCCAAUCCAGGGCUCAUCAUAUCGGUAGUGCUGCUCAUGGUGCUCGCUAUCUACUACCUGAACACGGUCUCGAAGGCCUACCAGAAAGCCAACAUGGACCUGAAGAGGAAGAUGCAAAUGCAAAGAGAUGAAGAGAAGAACCGGAGGAACAAUAAGGACAGCACUAACCAGGUGAUGAAGGACCUGGAGGAUCUUCUGCCGAACAGAUCAUUGGUUCCACCUCCUGCUGAAGAGAAGCCAGAAAAUUCUGCCAGCCAACCUCCCGCUGGCAAAUCACCCAAGGUAACCGGGAAAGCUGGAACGGCGACCGGUGGGAAAGGCGUGAACCUGCAGAAGGACUUAUCGCUGGCUGCUGCGAAUCCCCGGGCUCCCGUGACACGCCCGCCGGGCCCUAGGGCUCCGGGACCACUACCAGGGGGGAGAGGUCGCCCGAGAGGACCUCCGCCGGUCUGACAAAGUGCAACACCCAAACAAAAAGAGGAAACAGUGCACAAACACACAUAAGAUGCAUCGUGAAGCGGUUGCUGGAAUGCAGAGUGGUGCUGCGACGUCAGAAAAUACAUCAUAAGGU